UGGGGCGAGGCGAGGCGAGGCGAGGCGAGGCUUGCCGAAGAGAAGCCGCGGCCGGGGCUGGGCCGGGCCACGGGCGGUGGCGGCGGGACCAUGGAGGCUGCGGCCGCUGCUCCGCGUCCCCGGCUGCUUCUUACCCUGUUGGUGGCGGCGGCGGCGGCGACGCUGCUCCCGGGAUCGGAAGCAUUGCAGUGUUUCUGCCACCUCUGUACAAAAGAUAAUUUCACCUGUGAGACGGAUGGUCUCUGCUUUGUCUCAGUCACUGAGACCACAGACAAAGUUAUACACAAUAGUAUGUGUAUAGCUGAAAUUGACCUAAUUCCUCGAGACAGGCCAUUUGUUUGUGCACCAUCUUCGAAAACUGGGGCUGUUACUACGACGUACUGCUGCAGUCAGGACCACUGCAAUAAAAUAGAACUCCCAACCACAGGACCUUUUUCAGAAAAGCAGUCACCCAGCCUUGGUCCUGUGGAGCUGGCAGCUGUCAUUGCUGGUCCAGUCUGCUUCGUCUGCAUUGCACUUAUGUUGAUGGUCUAUAUCUGCCAUAACCGCACUGUUAUUCACCAUCGUGUGCCGAAUGAAGAGGAUCCAUCACUAGAUCGCCCUUUCAUUUCAGAGGGCACCACCUUAAAAGAUUUAAUUUAUGAUAUGACAACAUCAGGAUCUGGAUCAGGUUUACCAUUGCUUGUUCAAAGAACAAUUGCCAGGACCAUUGUGCUGCAAGAAAGCAUUGGCAAAGGUCGGUUUGGAGAAGUUUGGCGAGGCAAGUGGCGGGGAGAAGAAGUUGCUGUGAAGAUAUUCUCUUCUAGAGAAGAACGUUCGUGGUUCCGAGAGGCAGAGAUUUAUCAGACUGUAAUGUUACGCCAUGAAAAUAUCCUGGGAUUUAUAGCAGCAGACAACAAAGACAAUGGUACUUGGACUCAGCUCUGGUUGGUGUCAGAUUAUCAUGAGCAUGGAUCUCUUUUUGAUUACUUGAAUAGAUACACUGUUACUGUGGAAGGAAUGAUCAAACUUGCUCUGUCUACGGCAAGUGGUCUUGCCCAUCUUCACAUGGAGAUUGUUGGUACCCAAGGAAAGCCAGCUAUUGCUCACAGAGAUUUGAAAUCAAAGAAUAUCUUGGUGAAGAAGAAUGGAACCUGUUGUAUUGCAGACUUGGGACUUGCUGUGAGACAUGAUUCUGCCACAGAUACAAUUGACAUUGCUCCAAACCACAGAGUAGGCACUAAAAGGUACAUGGCCCCGGAAGUUCUAGAUGAUUCCAUAAAUAUGAAACAUUUUGAAUCCUUCAAACGUGCUGACAUCUAUGCAAUGGGCUUGGUGUUCUGGGAAAUUGCACGACGCUGCUCUAUUGGUGGAAUUCAUGAAGACUACCAGCUGCCUUAUUAUGAUCUAGUACCUUCUGAUCCGUCAGUUGAAGAAAUGAGAAAAGUAGUUUGUGAACAGAAGUUAAGGCCAAAUAUUCCAAACAGAUGGCAGAGCUGUGAAGCCUUGAGAGUGAUGGCUAAAAUUAUGAGAGAAUGUUGGUAUGCCAAUGGAGCAGCUAGGCUGACAGCUUUGCGAAUUAAAAAAACAUUGUCACAACUCAGCCAACAGGAAGGAAUCAAAAUGUAACUGAAGCUCCGUGGGAACUUUGCUCUCUUGUAUCUGCUCCUGAGUGUGUGUGGGAGGUCGGUUGCUCUACCUCACUGAGAGAACGGAGGCCUUUGCCUCCUCUUGCUGCAGUGGAAUAUGGUCAAUUGAAAGCUUCCCGGGGUUGCUCUGGGCCCAGAGGCAGCCAUGGCUCCGUUCUGUGCACUAUGGAUGGAUGCUUCUUCGUGGACAGUUACACAAUGUUGUGUAGUCUGCUUGUUUCUGUUAACACAGCUUGUUUUACAAGAUGACCACCAGCCCUUUGGGAGUGCUGUGCUGUUGGCCAUCCUAUGAGGGUGAAGGGGCUGGAGCGCUGACUUAGAUGAAGCACUUCUAGUUUUCACUCCUGGUAGUACAUUCUAGAGGAUUCCAACCACUAGAGUUUCCUUGAUUUGCUUUGAAUGUACUGUUCUAUAAUUUUUCAGGAUCUUAAACUAACACCUUAAACUCUGUAGUCUAAGAAAUAUGACCUCGUGUAGGCAGGGGGGCACAGUUGAUCAGUUGUGUCUGUGUGCUGCUCCUGCUCCUGCACUUGGAACACAACACACCUUAAAUGUGGGGUUGUGCUACACCAGUAAGUGCCACUUCUGCGUCUUUCUAAAUAGAAACAGAACUGCUUUAAGUCUGUCAAAUCCUGUAUCAUGUUCAUUCAAACAGUUUAUUUUUCUGGAUAACCUAAACCUUUUCUGGGUUUAUUUUUGUUUUUAAACACUUUUUGGGGUAGAUGUCAUUCAGUAUUUAUGCCUUUCUCCUACCCAAAUGUGCUUGAACCACUGAGGCAAUGAAGUAGCAUUAAUAAGUAGGGACUGCUCAUGUGGGAAAAUCCCCCCACUGAGCUCUGGAGCUUUGCACUUGAGAUGUGUUUCCUGAGUUUAUUUUUAAAAGUUAAGUGGCACUCCAGACACGCACAGUGCUUUAUGGAUUUAAUCAUUGUGACAUACAGACUCCGUCUGAAAGGAGAAGUUUGUCUACUGCCUUGUGAAAAGUUGCGUGCUAUUCUGUAAGCCAUUUAUUUUUCUUUAUCUGAUCAAAGACAGUGUUUUGUUUUGUCUUGUUCUGUUCUUUCUUUUGUGGAAAGGGUUUGCAUUUAAAAUUCAAAUGUGGUUAAUGUUAAAUGAUAGGCCUUUUUCUAGGAAGGCAGAGAUAGCUAAUUUGAAUAUACAACAGGUGUAGGUGACUUUCACAUGUAGCUAUAAGAGUUUGUGGAUUCUGUCUUGGGAAGAAUAGAGUUAGUGGUGCUUUGAAGUCUCACUACACUUUGAGGAAGGCAGCUUUUAAGCCGGUCUUUUUUGUUGUAACUGCCUGAUUUACAUGGUGGCACUGAAUUUAGUGCACCCUUGAUACUAGGAGAAGUGGCAGCUAGUAGCCAUUCUGAGUAGAGGCUCUCUUCAUGUACUCUUGGUCAUAUGAAAUGUCAAAGUCAGCCUAUUCUCUCCAGUGCUGGAGUUAGCUGGUUCAAGCCUUCGGUUUUACUUCAGUGCUGUCCAGUCUUUGCAGGGCUCCUGUGGCUUUUAAAGUUGUUUUUUUUUUUUUUUUUUUUUUUUUUUUUAUCACUGUGAUCAUAUUCUAGGGGGAAAAUGUUAUCAUUGCUUGAGACAAGAUGUUGAACAUCGUGAUACCAAUUCCUAGAUAAAAAGGUCAAAAUAACCUGUAGUGUUUAGCCAAGACGAGAUUGUGACUGUUGAUAUGAAAUGGCUGCAUUCUGUUAAUGUCUUAUCUCAAACCUAGCAUAAAUUUGAAGACUGGUCUUAAACCAAAGUAACUGUAGAAUGAAUGACAUGUUUCCUAGGCAUUAGUCUCAGUUUCAUGCAUUUAAAAACAUCAUGAGAGAAAGUGCUUAGAGUUUAGUGGUUUUGAAUACAAAUUUGAGUUUUUCCGUAACUAUAAAUGAUUUCAUCAGCAUUAAGUAGUGAGGGUUUUUUUGUUAGAGUUGUGUGUGUCACCUACUUAACAUGCUCUUGUGUUAUGAUCAGGUACUUUUGGGGCCUUUGUUUUUUGUUUAUUCUAUUCCUAACCCUUUGAGAUCUGCUUUAUAGAAAUCCAGGGGACCAAUGCAUUUUAUCACUAAAACUUUUCAUGUAAUUUUAAGACCGUACCAAAAGUUGUCUGAGUUAAAGUUGUAAUACAUUUCUCACUUUCAUACAAGGAAAUGGGUUUUUACUGAAAACACUUCUCAUCACAUCAGAGGUGAAGAAUCAUUAUGUUUUUGUCUCAGUAGAUAAAAUGUGCUUUUGAUGAAUCAGGGAAAUUUUUAAAGUUGGAAUUUUGUUCUCAAUUGAGUUUACAUGUUUGCAGCUAAUUUUUUGUCUAGGGAUAGUUUGAUAAUCCCCCGGUGGCCAAUACUGAAUAUGAAAAUAACUUAAAAGCUGAGAUAGGUCAUGGUUAAUAUGACUAUGACUAUAGAUACAUCUAAUUAGGAAAAUACUUUUAUGUCAUUUUGUAAUUAGUCUAUCAUUUAUAUUGCUUAUCAAAGAUCCUCUCCUGUCCCUUUCCAAGAUGUAAUGUGGCUAAAACAUAGCUUCUGACAAAUACAUAUCAUCUUGUCAAUACUGUGGCUGACCGAGCAUGAGGGAAGUAUGACUGACUAAGGCUUAGACAACUUGUGUUCCUUAAAUCUUGAGUUCUGUUUUUCCCACUCUGCUGGCCCCUGUCUGAAAGACUGUUGCCCCUCACCCCACCUCCAGCCUUUGGACAUAAGAGCUGUUCUUGAGACCUAAAAUGAAGUGGAAGCUAUGUGACAUUCUCCCACUUCCUUGAGUCACUGGGCAUCACAGCGAGUGAUGGUACAGAUAUAGGGCUGGGGAUGCUCCUGCUGGUAGCGCUGCUUUGAGUUAGACCUGUGCAAAGAGUAGGGUAACAGGCAAGUGGCAGUGGGAGUUGACCUCAGAAGCAGUGGCCAGCUGUGUUUCUAGUAGGACAGGACAGUAGGAUGUGAAGAGCUGAGCCUAUAAUCCUGCUACUACAGUAGCACUCAAGAAGUGCCUUGAGGCCUUGUGUGGUGCCGUGGCCAUCAGGAAUUCCAGACGUUGGUUCUCACUGCAGAUUUAGUGGUCAGUUGACCAUUUUGCUAUCCAUACAUGCUUGACUCUCCCCCUGAAAACUGUCAGAGAUGUAAAACCAAUGACAAAGUGCUAAUUAACAUGCACACCAAAAUCUGCCCAGUAGACGUAGCGAAAGCUUGUGUUUUCACUCCACGUACUGAAAGAAUGAUUGUAAAUCAUUUCUUUGUUCCUUGGUCAUGGGAGUGUUCUGGCUCCACAUCGUGGAGACUCCAGAUGUUCUGUCACAGCCCAGCAGAACACAUUGAUGUGUGGAGACGUGGAAAAAUAGUUCUGGAAUACAGUGCCAUGUCAUGUGUUGAAACUUCCGUGGGCCUCUCUAGGGAAGCUGUGGGCUGUCGGAACAUUAUUUUCAAUCCUUGUUAUGCACUUACUUGUAAACAUUUUUAAAAUAUUGUAAUAUUCAGCCUCUUCUUAAAACUUAAAGUGGGUUGCUUUUAUUUUUUCAAUGAAAUUUGUGAGUUGAAUAUCAUGAACUGUGUUUUGAUAAUCCCUUUUUCACAUUGUGCCAAUGGAAUGGAGUAUUUGAUUUUUCUUUAUAUGUCAAGGAGAUGCUUCAAAAUGUCAUUUGCUUUAAACUUAAAUUACCUCUCAAGAGACCAAGGUACAUUUACCUCAUUGUGUAUAUAAUGUUUAAUAUUUGUCAGCAUCCUCCAGGUUUGCAGUUUUAUUUUGAUAAAGUGUGAGUAUUAUGUUGCUAAGUUACUCAGAUGGUACUGUAUUGUUUAUAUUUGUACCCCAAAUAACAUCAUCUUUACUUUGUUUUCUGUAUUUUAUUGUAUUUGUGCAAAAGUCUUUUGACUCUGUUGGUGUGAUCUCUGCCCUUUCAGAUAUGUACAGAUGUCCAUAGAAAUUUGCAUUUAGGUUGAAUGAUUUUGAGAAGCCUGUGAAGAAGAAAAAAAAAAAACUGCAUUUCCCCAUAAGUUUUUAAAAUUGUACAUUGUAUGUGUAGUAAUAUUCCAGAUGAACUGUAAAUAGAAACUAGGGAGAUGCUUAAGUUUCGUCCUAACACUACAGUAGAAAACAGAAGCAAUGCAAAUAAACUUACUUUGUCCCACCA